AUGAAUCGGUCUCUCAGAAAAGCAACGAGAGGACGUUUGUUCUUCCUGCUGCGGUGUACGAGUGAACCUCCAAUCCGUGGGCGGGGUCGCUCUGUGUGCCGUAUUUCUUUGAAUUCCAUGAGUUUUUACAUGGCCAUCCACACGCACAUGCACGCAGUCUCCCUGUUUGCCCUCCUGUGGGCGGAAGACCGGGAUGCAAGGGAAAAAUGUGGCCUGUGCCAGCAUGUGACAAAGUCUUUCUUGGGAGGGGUUGCGACUGUGAUGUACGUCCUGGCAGGCAGGAAUGGGAUGGGCGAAGAGCAGAGGGCGAGUAACAGCGAUCGUGUGCGGGGCAAUGCGCAGUGA